AUACAGAAGUUAGUCUUAUGGUAGUUAGAGUUAGAGUUACGUCUUAGUCUUCGUACGUAAAUUACAAAUAGGUGCCUAUGAGUUGGUGAUUACCUAAUUAUACUUUGUAAAAAAUGAGCAAAUUGCAAGUUCUAAUUUUUUAAACUUUCGAUUUUCCCAUCAAAGUGCUUGAGUACAUAAAAUAUUCCUUCAAUUUUGGAGCCAUUUUAGACUGUUGAUGAUCCUUCGUUUCUCAAUUGAGCUGCUGAAAUAUUUAUUGUGAGCCACCCUAUGGGUUCUCCUCCCCAUGCUUGCUCUAAAGGUUUCUUCAUUAUUAUUUGAUUUAAUUUUAAAUUUUCAAACUAAGGUGCUUCGCAGAUAUUGGGGAAAAUUGUAGAUAGGUUCGAAUCGUUGUCGUUCAGUGUUAGCAUGUUGUGAAACUAUGAACGUUCUCAUUUUUUAAAAUCGUGUUUUACCCUAGUUUUACUUUACUGUCUUGGACUCUUGGACCUUGGUUUUGGUGUUUGUUUGGUUUGAGGAAGUUUUCUCAUUUUAUGAAAUUGCAAUUGAAGUGAAUUAAUUGUGAUUUACCAAACCUAAUAUUUGACGGAGUGCUGAAAUUUCAAAUCACUCACAAUGGAUCGUAGAGAAAUAUACAAUCCGCAUGUUCAAACUGAAACACCAUCAGAUGAGUUUGUGCUCCGUCUCAGAUUUCCAAGCUUACAAGAGAUGGCGUACAGCCAAAUAGCCAUUGCAGUGUGGUACAGAUAUUGUUCAACUCCACGUCAACGAGACUACGAACAUAUGUAUCGUCCGGAGUCGUUUAAUGAACUAGAACUAAUGAAUUGCCGUAAACUAAUAGAAACUUUGAUGAUGCCUGGAUUCAUGAAAGAAAUUUUGAAUAAACGUCUAAAAAGAGUUUGCGGACAAACAAUUCGUUGCGCUUAUUACUUCAGAUACGAAUUAUUUUCUAGUAACUUAGUCGAGUACGGAAUUCGUCAAGUUGAUUGGGAGUAUUUUGUGUGGUGUCCAGAUGGUAGAAUCAAUUAUAAAAGCACCGCCAUCAAAAUGCUACAUUCGCGCAAGUUGACUGACGUGCAGAAGUUCGCCAUCAUGAGCCAUUUCUGCCUGGAAAAUGAGAUCAAAAUCUUCGAUCUGAAUCGCCUUCCUAUGAAAACCUUUAUUCCAAAAGUAAAAGAAGACCGGGAUUUUUUAUUGUUUUACUGGAUCUGCUACCUGAAGAACGAAUUACACAGCAUGGCAUCAUCAUCAUUCUCCAUUCGUACAUCUUAUCAUGAAUAUAGAUUUCAUUCUAUGUAUUAUUUGAUCCAUGGGGGAGCCUUUGAGUAUUUCUGGAAUCGUUUGAAUGCUGAAGAUCAAGUAACCUUUAUAAGUGACAAAUUAUUCAAGUAUGGCAAGUGUCACUGGUAUCACAGUCUGUAUUACAAGAUGUCACAUGAUCAGUUAACAAAUUUACUGGAACGUCAGCCAGUUAACGUAGUAUCACUUUUUAUUAAAGGAUGGGAAAUGCCUGAGUGGGCAAUUAUGGCUUGGAAGCGAUGUAAAAAUAGGAUAUCUAAUGAACAAUUUGUCGAUUUAUUGGCGAGAGUACUUGGCAGAUUUUACACAAAUCCAACCCUGCACCAAGAGUACAAAAUGAGUGUUGUAUUGGAAAUCUGGAAUACAGCCAACGAUCACCAGAAGAUUCAUGCAGCGAGACAAGCAAGAUUAGAAAAAGCUGCCGUUCAUCUCAUACUGUCUGCAACAAAUUCACUUGGAUUUGAUUUUGCACCAGAUGAUCCACGUCUGUGGAAAAAAUUAGCACCCAGUACCUUCAAGUUUCUACUAAAAUUUUUAUCUUUGAAAAGCGCCGAUUUCAGAAAAAAUCUGAUUCUCGAAGGUGACCCGUCUUUUAUAUUCAAUUUUGAUUUCCACGUGGUACACGAAAUAUUUGAGUUAUGCUUGCCAAAUUUCCAAGGUGAGGUGGAAUUCAACCAUGAACGGAGUAAACACGCAAUUCGUCCUUAUUUUUGUAAAAUGUUAUACACCGUAAAAGAUUAUGAUGAAUUGAAUAGAAGAUUGUUGCGUUCCUUUCAAAACUUGAAUAUUCCUUCAAAAGAUAUUCUGCAAAAAUUCAUCGAGUCAUUGAUUGUAGCCAAUAAAAGAGAAAGUGAAACUUACUAUCCCUAUAAUGGCAAUGAUAAAUCUGAUUUGAUAAGAUUGGGUCAAUUCGUCGCCAAAAUCCUGCAUGAAAAUGCGUCUACAGUGUUGAAAAUGAAAGAAUCGUACUUUUCGUCAUUCAGUUCUGCCACCAGUGAUCCGUAUGAACGCUACGGUAGUUUGAAUGAACUGAGCAAACUAAUUGAGCAGGAGUUUGUCCAUGAACAUUUGCAAGAGUUGAAAAACCGAUUAGCUGAAAAACUUCAAGCUACAAGUGUUGAGCAAUGGGUUUGCUAUGUUUAUGAGUAUGAAAAAUUCGCAUUUCUUUUUCCGUGGUGCUAUGAAAACGAAGAAGAAAUGUUUCUGCAAGUUGAACGUUGUAUACCAAUUACCAAUAUUGUUCGUAAGGUUCUUGAAGGAAUUGUUCGUUAUAACAUAUCUUUAUCAGAUUUUGUAGUUUCGACUUUCAAUAACUUGGAGAGAUUUCUGGAGUGGUACUUCUCAGGUGUGGCAGAAAAAGUAAUAUCUUUUAAAUUAAGUAUAAUGAGUGAUCCUGAGAAUGCUAAAAUACUAGAAUACAUGCAGCAAAACAAAAACAACAAAUGGCUUCGAGAAAAGUUUUUGCAGUGGAAUUGGCCAGCCUAAUGAUCUCUAUGAUGAAAUCACUGAAAAAACAAGUGGGGACUCAUUGCUGGGUAUAAUGCAUUCAAUAUCGGAACCCAUUUUUUCCAGGACUGAAUCCAUUAUGUAUUAUGAUUCUUUUUAAUGCCUACAGAUAAAUCGUCACUGAUUCCCUUCCUGAAAUGAAAGGUUAAUGGAAACCUUUACUGUUUCCAUUUUUUCCGGUACUGAUUCCCUUCUUGAAAUGAAAGGUUAAUGGAAACCUCUACUGUCGCCGUUUUCCCCGUGCAAUGAGUCCCCGCCUUAAAAAAUCAGUUUUUUCAGUGUAAGUACCUACCUGUGGCAUCAUAUCUACCUUGAUAAAUGUACAUAUUUCGAAAGCUUCAUUACUUUCUUAGAAGAUACGAUAUAUUAAGUCGAGUUUGCAUUUUUAAAAUUUCACUAUGAUGCAAGGCGUUUCAAUUUCCAGGACAGCUAUAUGCACAUAUUUGUAGGUUAUUUUAUUUUGAAACUGAUCUAUGUAUUUUUGUACCUAAUUCAAAAUAGAAAUUUCAACGUC